AUGGCUCUCUCCAAUAUCACUCGUGUCAGCGUCCGCCGUAAUGCCAACUACAAGGCCGACGGCACCAAAUCACUUGUCUACUUGUUCCACAAGUAUGGCAUCGGUCCCACCAAGCCUGGUCGAUUCCACCGCAACCAAAACCACGUCUUGAUGAAACGGCAGAAUGAUGGUUCUGCUGCACAAGUUACCGCUGAUGAUCAGCAAAACGAUGCUUUCUACACCUGUCCUGUUCAGAUCGGCAAUCCAGCCCAGACACUGGACUUGGACUUCGAUUCAGGUUCUGCCGACUUUUGGGUCUGGUCAACUCUCCUCCCAUCCCGUACAGUUGAUGCUGCGGUGGCCGCUGGAGCUGCCAUCUUUGACCCCGACAAAUCGUCCACCUUCCAGACAUUGCCUGGGAGCACCUGGCAAAUUCGCUACGGAGACAAUUCCGGGGCCUCAGGAACAGUGGGAACUGACAAUGUCAAGAUUGGAAACAUCGUGGUAGAAGGUCAGGCCAUUGAAUUGGCCAGCAGAAUUUCAAGUCAGCUCCUGGAACAAACUGCUUCCCGCGGCCUCCUUGGACUUGCUUUUGGCAGCAUCAACACCGUUCGACCGAAGCCGGUGCGCACGCCUCUCGAAAACAUGAUCGCCCAGCAAGAUAUUGCCACCAGCGAGCAGCUAUUCACUUGCUAUUUGGGAUCCUACCAGGACGCAAACGACCCCGACCAGGGCAAAUCAUUCUUUACCUUUGGUGGCAUAGACGAGGAUGCAGUCAAGUUGUCCGGCCAGCAGAUUUCGUACACCCCAAUUGACAACAGCGAUGGGUUCUGGAAAUUCAGCUCUCCAUCUGUGGUGAUCAACGGCCAAACCUUCAAUUUGCCCAACAACCAAGCUAUUGCGGACACUGGCACCACUCUUAUGCUCGUCCCUGACUCAGUGGUCGACCAAAUCUACGCCACCAUUCCCGGGGCUGAAUACAGCGAAGAUGCGAUGGGCUGGGUCUACCCUGUUGACACGCCUCCCGAGAACUUGCCCACUGUCUCGUUUGCUGUCGGCAACAAGCAGAUUGUGAUCGAAAAGGAGCAUCUCAAUUUUGGAAAAUACAACAACACCAUGGUCUUCGGAGGAAUCCAAUCACAAGGUAACCUAGGCUUCAACAUCUUCGGCGACGUCUUUCUUCAGUGCGUCUAUGCUAUAUUUGACGCCGGCAACUCGCAAUUUGGUGUCGUCCAGCGUGCCGACCCUACUCCUGAUGGCCUCCAAGCAUGA